AUGGCGGGGAUCCUUCUCACUUCCUCAUCGACUCGACCUGGUAGCCCACUAGCCCUCUUCACGGGAUGUUUCUGCCAGUCGGAGGGCCUGGGCUGUUGCACCAGCUAUCUUGGUCCUGGACUCCUGCACGUGUUUACCCUUGCCACGGGGCUCGGUGUUGCCAGGGCAUCCGUUGCAAACCUUUCUCAAUCUCAAAUAUCUCGAGCUAGGCUAUCGGAGGGACAAUACAACUAUCCAACAGGAACAGAGCGCCAUCUAGUGGUUCCAAUACCGUCUGGUAGUCGACCAGCCUGUGAUGGACGAAUCGAAUCUCGUUGA